CUUCUCCCCGCAGACGCUCGAUGUCCGACCAGUGGUAGCAAGGCCGUCUUAAACCCGGGUGAAUAAACCCCUAUCUCCAGCAGAGUUUGUGAUGUCUUUAAUGCCUAUGCUCCUCCGUUGGAGCUUAUAUGCACAGCUAGAGACGUCAAGCGAUGCCUAUAGUUAGAUUCAGGUUAGUUCAUAACCGAAAUCAUGAUCUCCAGGCUCUGAACUGAAUGCAAAGGGUAAACCGUAGGACCAGUUGUUGCCUAAUCACCAGACCAUCUCGUUGCAGUUCGUUGCCAUUCGCGUUUUUGGAACGACGAAAAACCCCAAAACUUUCACCGUCCACCCCCUUUGCACCUCGCCGAACCCGCUCAACCAAAAUGACGCUCCCAGCGACCUACACAGGCCUGCAAUUCUCCUCCGCCUCACCUCCCGGUACCGUCCUCGUGCGCCCCCUCUACGCCAUCGUCGUGCAGUACGCGAACCAGAUCUUCGCCAACGGCAACCCGCGCGGGCACAGGUACCCUCUCUCCCCUUCGUACCAGGCGGCACCUGCAUCGCGCGGGUGGCAGCCGUUCCCGUCGAUGCUACGCGGCUUGCGCCGGGCCAGCUAGUGUCUGUGGAGAUGACGGUGCGGGCGCGCGAUGAUCCGGGGAUAAAGAUACUGCGCGGGUUUCAUGAGGGCGCGACGCGGUUGCUGUCGGCGGAGGGGGGAAAGGGGGGUAGCCCCUGGCGCAACGGGGUGUGGGAGGAGCUGGCGGCAGUCGGCUAGGGUAUC